CUCCCUAUUGGGUUUAUUGGCUUAGGAAACAUGGGAGGUCACAUGGCUAGAAAUCUGCUGAAAAAGGGCUACCCAGUGAUAGCCUUUGAUGUCUCUAAAGAUUCUCUGUCAUGUCUCCAGGAAGAGGGGGCUACGGUUGCUGACUCCCCAGCUGGUGUUGCUUCCUCUGUGACCAGACUGGUGUCCAUGCUCCCAGCAAGCCAGCAGGUGCAGGAGGUGUAUGCUGGCAAACAGGGCAUCUUUAGCACAGUUCAGGCAGGGACACUACUCAUUGACUGCAGCACCAUAGAUCCAUCUGUUUCACAGCAGAUAGCCACACAAGCUGAACAACAUGGAGCUAUGUUCCUGGAUGCCCCAGUGUCAGGCGGUGUUAAUGCUGCCAGAGAUGCUGGUUUGACCUUCAUGGUUGGGGGAUCUGAGUCUAGCUUUAAUCAGGCCAAGGUCAUCCUGGACAGCAUGGGCAAAAAUGUGGUCCACUGUGGUGUUGUUGGCACAGGACAGGCUGCCAAGAUCUGCAACAAUAUGCUGUUGGCCAUCUCCAUGAUCGGCACCUCAGAGACCAUGAAUCUCGGAAUCAGGUUAGGUCUGGACCCAAAGCUGCUAGCUAGAGUUCUCAACAUGAGCUCUGGUCGCUGCUGGUCCAGUGAAGUCUAUAACCCGGUGCCAGGAGUUCUGGAUGGUGUCCCUGCCAGCAAUGGAUACAAGGGUGGAUUUGGCACAGCUCUCAUGUCAAAGGAUUUAGGUCUGGCCCAGAAUGCAGCAAUAGCUACCAAAAGUGCCACACCCCUAGGCUCACUGGCUCAUCACAUCUACAGACUGAUGUGUCAGCAUGGCCUUGGCAGCAAAGACUUCUCUUCUGCCUUUCAGUUUCUGCAGGAACAAGACAAACAUUAG